CUCUCUUUGUCAUAAUGGGUUUAUUUUAUUGCCUUUACACCUCUCAACUACUCCCUUCUGUAAAAAAACUACUCAAAUCUCUUAGCAAUGGUUGAAAAAUUAUCCUGGGACUUACUAGGUAAGAAGGAGCAUCCUGUCUUGUCAGCUGCUUAUAUGCAUAACGACUUGGUGUUCACUUCAGGUCGAGUUGGCGUUGAAGCUGAUGGUUCAUAUUCCACUUGUGUUCUAAGACAAACAGAAUUGGCCAUCAAAGAGUUAGAGAAGGUUUUAGAAGCUGCUGGUUCCUCUCUUGAUUGUGUAUUAAAAGUUUUACUUUUUAUCAAGAAUCCUGAAGAUCGUGAAAAAAUCAACACGAUUUAUGCAAAGUAUAUGAAAACAAAACCUGCAAGAUCUUGCGUCAGUGUUACGUUUCCUGAUGCAAGAGUUUUGCUUGAACUCGAAUGUGUUGCUGUCAGGAAAUCAAAAGCUAAACUUUGA